UACAUCCGUACAACAAAUAUAGAUUGGAAGACAGCAACAGUCGUAACUUGAGAACUUUCCCAACCGCCCUACACAUAAACUCCAUUAGUUAACUCGUGUGCAAGGAGAAAAGGGAAUAUUACAAGUUAAAGUUGUCGCAACGAAGAAAAAUGGCUGGUAAUUUGGGGUCGCUGAGACAGAGUUUUUUAGAGAGAGGGAGAGAGCGGCUGCUGUCGGGAAAGUACUAUUCGGAGGUGGAACAUGAGGGCCGGCUUUUGGAGAGCUUGUGGAGGAGCCUGGUAGAUAUUUGGGUUAGCGCGUAUGAUAUGGGAAGAUCUGACCCAAGAAAAGCGAUGUUCGCUGCUAAAAUGGGCUGCGCUCUCUCUGUGGUUUCUCUCCUCAUCUUCUUCAACGAGCCCUCCACUUAUAUCACCAAGCAUUCCAUCUGGGCCAUCCUCACCGUCAUCGUUGUCUUCGAGUUCAGUAUAGGGGCGACGUUGAACAAAGGGUUUAAUCGAGCGUUGGGGACUUUCUCUGCUGGUGCACUGUCUUUAGGGAUUGCAGAAUUGGCCAAGCUUUCUGGUUUAUUUUCAGAAGUUGUGAUAGUCAUCUGUAUAUUUGUUGCAGGUUUCUUGUGUAGUUAUUUGAAACAGCAUCCGGCUGUGAAGCAGUACGAAUAUGGAUUUCGGGUGUUCAUGCUGACGUUUUGCAUCGUGCUGGUGUCUGAUCCAUUGGAGUUUGUUCAGACUGCUGUUUCCAGAUUGGUGCUGAUUACAGUUGGUGCUGCUGUUUGUUUGGUCAUGAAUGUAUGCAUUUUCCCUAUUUGGUCUGGUGAAGAUUUGCACAAGCUGGUCGUCAAGAACAUUAAAGGGGUCGCCACGUCUUUGGAAGGUUGUGUGAAUAUGUACUUGCAAUGUGUUGAGUAUGAGAGAGUACCAUCAAAAAUCCUAGUCUACCAGGCUUCUGAUGAUCCUCUUUACAACGGCUAUAGAGCUGCUGUGGAGUCCACUAGCCAAGAGGAGGCUCUGUUGGGGUUCGCUAUAUGGGAACCACCUCAUGGCCGGUAUAAAAUGCUGAACUAUCCUUGGAGCGAAUUCGUAAAAGUCAGUGGUGCUCUGAGGCACUGUGCUUUCAUGGUGAUGGCGAUGCACGGCUGUAUUCUUUCAGAAAUACAGGCACCUUCUGAACUAAGACAAGUUUUCAAGGAUGGUAUUCAAAGAGUUGGCAUCCAAGGAGCUAAAGUUCUGACUAUGCUUAGUGAAAAAGUCGAAAACAUGGAAAAAUUGAGUUCACAAGAUCCUCUUGCAGAUAUUCAUGAUGCUGCUGAGAAUUUGCAGAUGAUGAUCGACCAGAGAUCCUAUCUUUUAGUAAACGCAGAUAGUUGGGAGGGCGUCAGACGGCCUGGGAGUCUCAACCCAGAGACGAUUCGGGAACUGAGAGAGAAAGAAAACAAGCCCUUCUUGAUAAAGUCACUCGGCUCAAUCAAGCAGCAAACGCUUCGAAACUACGAUGCAGUUACUGCAAACAAUGUGGAUUCUGAAGAGGACGUCUUUAAGCAGCAGACAAUGUGGCCUUCGCGCCUCUCUCUCUCAGACCUCAACGAACGCGAAAUUCAGACAUAUGAAAGCGCGAGUGCAUUGUCUCUUGCAACUUUUACCUCUUUGUUGAUCGAGUUUGUUGCCAGGCUUCAGAACCUGAUUCACUCAUUCGAGGAGCUCAGCGAGAAGGCUGAGUUCAGGGAGCCGGUUGAGACAACGGAAAAGCAAACGAGCUGUGGUUUCUGCUCCGGAGUGCUCAAAUGCUUGGGCUGCAGAACUAAUGAGGUCCAAGAACUUGUAUGAUGAUCAAGUGAUAUGGUUGUAGUUCGUUACCAGAAACAAUCAGAUAUAUGUAAAGCAAUAUUGUGACAUAUGGCCAUAAUACAGCUAGCUUUAGGGUGAAUUAUUCCCAUAUAAAUGUAAGCUUUUGAUAGAAUUAAGUAACUAGAAUGAGGUCUGUAUAUUCCAA